AUGACCCUUGAUGAGAAAAUAAAUGGAAGUGAGAGGGGAGGAAAAGGGUUGAGAAAAAGGAGGGAUUUGGGGGAAUAUUACAGGGGGAGCCACUCAGCAGAGAAAGGUUUGUCGGAUUGUGGAACAGAGAAGAUCUGGUUUCAACAGUUGUUGGUGGUGGCCAUGGAAAAAUUAUUUGAUAGGUUAAAUGAGUGA